AUGCCAGUCCUGCCCCUAGCGUUCAACCCGUUCUUAUUAGUCCGUUUUAACCCUACCGGCGUAGCUCUAUUUCCGUUCGUUUCCUCCAAAAUGUCGUCGUCGUCGUCUUCUAAAGCGAAAGUGGUGGUGGAGUAUGCCAAAUCCGGCCGGUCGACCUGCAAGAAGUGCUCAACCGCCAUUGCCGCCAGCAGUUUACGGCUCGGUUUGGUCACGCGAGACUCACGUGGCUACGACACGACCAAAUGGCAUCACUUGCAGUGUCUUCCUUUGAAUUCCAACGCCUUUACUUCUACUAACUCUAUCGGAGGAUUCUCAUCUCUCAAGAGUAGUGAUCAGGAGAAGGUGAAGAAAUUGAUGGCGGAUAGUUCUGAGUCUUCGGGGAAGGUUUUAGAUGAAGAGAAAGAUUCCAGCAGUGAGAAGAACAACUUGUUGGAGGUUGGCCUGGCAGAUGAUUGUCAUGGUAGUGAUCUAGGGGAGAGUAAAACAAAGAGGAUGAAGCUUUCAGUGUCUGCUGAGGGAGACAAGCUGGAGAUAGCAAUCUCUGCCUCUGACAUCAAGGACAAGUAUAAGGAUGCUACGUUGCUACCCCAAUGGAAGGCAUUUCAAACUCUCAUUUUUCUUGAAAAGGGUGAUGGCCUCCAUGCUUCUUCAAAGAUUGCUGCAUUUGAUUUUGAUGGAUGUCUUGCCAAGACAUCGGUGAAAAUGGUCGGUGCUGAUGCGUGGUCACUUAUGCAUCCUUCAAUUCCAGAGAAGCUGCAAGGCUUAUAUAAUAAUGGCUUCAAGCUGGUUAUUUUCACCAAUGAAUCUAAUAUAGAACGCUGGAAGAAUAAGAGACAAGUUGCCAUCGACUCAAAACUUGGGAGACUUGAAAGUUUCAUAAAGCUUGUAGGCGUCCCAAUUCAGGUUUUUAUUGCAUGUGGACAAAGCAAAGGUCAACCUGAGGAUGCCUAUCGAAAACCAAAAACUGGGAUGUGGCAUGUUAUGGAGAAGCACUUCAAUUCGGGGCUCAAGAUUGACAUGGAUCAUUCCUUCUACGUUGGUGAUGCAGCGGGAAGAAAAGAUGAUCAUAGCGAUGCUGACAUUAAAUUUGCAGAGGCCAUUGGACUGAAAUUCUACGUUCCUGAGGAAUACUUCAAAAGUUGA